CUACAAUCUGUCACACAUAGUCUUCGAGCUGUAGACAACGAUGGAAGAGGAAAUACCGGAAGGACGAACAUCUGAAUUGUCAGACAACCCCUGUUUAAGUAACAGAGCUAUAUUUCUGGUCGGUUAUGUACUGUUUGACGGAGGUAGUCCCAGAGUAGUUCGCAUAUUUAAAACGAUGCUAUUGAAAUAUUGUUAAAUUAGAAACGCACCUGAAGAAUUGUACACAUUUUUGAAACUAAAAUACAAAAUUCUGGAGCGUCUAACUUGUGUAAUGAUGUAAACACAGAAACAGAUUCUAUCGUGAUGUUUCACUACUAGAUCUUUUG